UAUGAAGAAACCGAGGGGAGGAGUGAAAUGACUGUUGUGUGGUUAAUGUGCCUGCAUAGUGAAUGUGUUCAGCACACUGCUGAGAUCUGAGGUAGGCAUCUUGUCAGAUCAGUACAAAUUGCUUAUGGGCUUUGUGUUCAAUUGCCCCACCUGAGGAGGGGAAAAAACUCUGCAGCUUUUCUUCUUUUGAGAAAUUCACUUCAGUUUGGAGCUGUCAUUUCCAUACAGCACUGUUCUAAGCAGGUGGAAACAUGUUGAAGCAGGUUCUAUCGUUCGGCCGCUCCUUGGUGCGCAGGAAAGUGGUCGACCUGAACAGCCUGGAGGACUCCAAGUUGUGCCGCUGUCUGGGAACUGUUGACCUCAUCGCCCUGGGGGUGGGCAGCACUCUGGGUGCCGGGGUCUACGUUUUAGCUGGAGAGGUGGCCAAGGCCGACUCUGGCCCCAGCAUCGUCAUCUCCUUCCUGAUAGCCGCCCUGGCCUCUGUCAUGGCCGGACUAUGUUACGCUGAGUUCGGUGCCCGUGUACCUAAGACCGGCUCUGCGUACCUUUACAGCUAUGUGACCGUAGGGGAGGUCUGGGCCUUCAUUACCGGCUGGAACCUGAUUCUCUCAUACGUCAUUGGUACGUCCUCAGUUGCCCGAGCAUGGAGUGGCACAUUUGAUGAAAUGAUCGGAGGCCACAUCGAGGUAUUCUGUAAAACCUAUUUCAGCAUGAACGCUCCUGGCUUGGCUCCAUACCCUGACUUCUUUGCGGUGUGCCUGAUUCUGCUGCUUUCUGGACUCCUGUCAUUCGGAGUGAAGGAAUCAGCCUGGGUCAACAAGGUCUUCACUGCAAUCAACGUGCUCGUCCUGUUGUUUGUCAUUAUUUCCGGAUUUGUCAAAGGAGACACGUACAACUGGAAGAUAACGGAAGAAUCUCUUAUCAACGUCACCAUAGUCACGAGGAACUUGUCAGAGACGGCCAAUGUGAGCAGUGAUUAUGGUGUUGGGGGCUUCAUGCCCUACGGCCUCAGUGGGACAUUAGCUGGAGCUGCCACCUGCUUCUAUGCUUUUGUUGGAUUUGACUGCAUUGCAACAACAGGUGAGGAGGUGAAGAAUCCACAGAAGGCCAUUCCCAUUGGCAUUGUGUCAUCGCUCACAGUGUGCUUCCUGGCGUAUUUUGGGGUGUCGGCUGCACUCACCCUCAUGAUGCCUUAUUACCUGCUGGAUGAGAAAAGCCCCCUGCCCAUGGCCUUUGAAUAUGUGGGCUGGGGUCCUGCCAAAUAUGUUGUCGCUGUGGGGUCACUGUGCGCCCUGUCCACCAGUCUGCUGGGCUCCAUUUUCCCUAUGCCUCGUGUAAUCUAUGCAAUGGCAGAGGAUGGGGUACUUUUCAAAGCCUUAGCCCGAAUCAAUCCUAAGACGAAGACCCCGGUUAUUGCCACUAUGAGCUCCGGUGUAGUUGCAGCUAUCAUGGCUUUCUUGUUUGACCUCAAAGCUCUUGUAGAUAUGAUGUCUAUUGGAACCCUGCUGGCCUACACGCUGGUUGCUGUAUGUGUACUCAUUCUCAGAUACCAGCCGGAUGGCGCUCAUACCUCAGAUAAAGCUGAGAGAAAUGUUUUGUCACCUGUGGAGUCGGAACUGACUGAGUCAGAGUCCCACUUCAACAUGCUUAAAGGUGGCAGCUCCACCCUGCAGACUGCCCUGCACCCCCCUGCCUUACCUUCUGAGCAGUCCUCCAGCGUGGUCAACAUGUCCAUCAGUGUGUUAGUACUGGUUGUGUGUGUGGUCAGCUACCUCACCACAUACCACCUUCAGUCCAUUUCCUGUUUGGAAGUGUGGAUCUUGGCCUUGCUGUCCGUCUGUCUCGUUAUCUUCAGUGGCUGCAUGCUGAUGGUGUGCAGGCAGCCUCAGACGACCAAGAAGGUGUCCUUUAUGGUACCCCUACUGCCUUUUCUGCCUAUUCUGAGUGUAUUUGUUAAUAUUUACCUGAUGCUUCAGCUGAGUGGAGACACCUGGAUCCGUUUCUCUGUGUGGAUGGCUGCAGGUUUUCUGAUCUACUUCGGUUAUGGCAUGUGGCACAGUGAGGAGCGACUGCGUCAACUCCAGAGGAAACAGAGCAUCAGCGGUGCUCAGGAAAACACGACGCCGGCCGACAUCAGCGCAGAAGAAAAAGAGCAGGAGAGCUUCAUCAACUCCGAGAAGACCAGCCAGUGUUAAAGUUGACAAAAACUCAGACUUCGAGAGGCGACAGGUGCACAACAGCCCACUGCUGUGAACCAGAUGCACCUGUCGCUCCGACCUGCACGCUCCUCUUCCUCACAUCUUCAGUCUGCACGAACAAUGUUAGUAUUCUGGAUCAGCAGCCACACAAUGAGGAGCGGCUCCGGCUCUGUGAUGGACUCACAACCUGUAGGUCCCAUCAUGCUUUUUCUUAAUGUCAGCAGAGGACGACUAGUCCAGACAGGGAUUUCACUGGAGAAUGUUGAGUUCAGGCCGCAGCAGCAGAGCGUUACAGUUUAUGGACUGCAGAUUUCUGUGCGUUUGUCUUAUCUGUUAAUGUGCUGCUUCAUAUAACAGGACCAAAAAUCCAAUAGGUUUUUUACAAACAGAUAUAUUUGUUAAACUGUUCUGUGAUGCAUUGAUUCAUAUUUACACACUUGAAAUGCUUAUAUUUAUAUGAAGCAGGGGCGUAGCUAUGAGGAGGCUAAGCUGGGCCUAGCCCCACACACUUCAUAAAAACAUACAUCAUAUUAAAAGAGAAAAACUUUAUUCUCAAAGAAA